AUGGUAGCAACAGCUGUGGCGUUGACGACACUGCUAACGCCCAGUGCUGCUAGCCCAAAAUGGUCGGCUUUUUCAGUACAUGUUUCGUGCUCUUGUCGCCACGGCAACACGGACAAAGGGUCUCGGGAGCCAGUCUCUCAGGUCAGUCUCGACCCAUCUGAAUCGGUCGGCUCGCCCGUGCUCACUGGCGGCGUGAGCACAGCGAAUAAGACAAACUCAAGCCAAACGGUGAAUCUGCUGAUGAGCUGGGCGUUGACUCGAGGUCGAGCAGACCAGACCAGACCAGACCAGCAGGACCUCGUUUAG